AAAGAGAGAAAAAAGAAUGUUAAAGAGCAAUAAAACGGCGUCGUGUGAAGCUGCAUUAUCUUCUCCAUUGCUGCUUCUGAGCUGAACAAAUGGCUUCAACGUUAUCUUCUCGUCUCCCACAUCUUCCUUCCAAACCGGUAUUCCCACCUUCUAACUCCGGUUCAACUCUCCUCCACUUCUCAUCUAAAACCCGGUUAGACCAGUCCCGGUUCAGAUGUUCGGCGGGUCAAACGGGGUUCUUCACGAAGCUUGGUCGUUUGCUGAAAGAGAAAGCCAAAAGUGAUGUGGAGAAACUGUUCUCAGGAUUCUCAAAAACUCGAGACAAUUUAGCUGUUAUUGAUGAACUCCUCCUUUACUGGAACCUUUCUGAUACUGAUCGUGUUCUUGAUGAACUUGAAGAGGUUCUCUUGGUCGCUGAUUUUGGGCCGAAGAUUACCAUAAAGAUUGUGGAGAGCUUGCGGGAGGAUAUAUAUGCAGGGAAAAUCAAAUCAGGAAGUGAGAUAAAAAGUGUUCUGAAGAAGAGUAUCUUGGAUCUAUUGACUAGUAAAGCACCUAAAACAGACCUCCGUCUGGGCUUCAGGAAACCAGCAGUAAUCAUGAUUGUGGGUGUCAAUGGAGGUGGGAAGACAACAUCUCUUGGAAAGUUGGCAAAUAGGCUGAAGAGAGAAGGGGCUAAGAUACUAUUAGCAGCUGGUGAUACAUUUAGAGCAGCUGCUAGUGACCAGUUAGAAAUUUGGGCUGAAAGGACUGGUUGUGAGAUUGUUGUUGCUGAAAAAGAGAAAGCUAAGGCAUCAUCAGUUAUUUCACAGGCUGUUAAAAGAGGAAAGGAAGAGGGUUUCGAUAUUGUUUUAUGCGACACAUCUGGCCGUUUGCACACCAACUAUAGCUUGAUGGAGGAAUUGGUGGCAUGCAAAAAAGUAGUCAGUAAAAUUGUUAAUGGUGCACCUAAUGAAAUCUUGCUUGUACUGGACGGAACUACUGGUUUAAAUAUGCUUCCUCAAGCAAGAGAGUUUAACGAGGUUGUUGGAGUCACUGGCUUAAUAUUGACUAAACUUGAUGGUUCUGCUCGAGGUGGCUGUGUGGUCAGUGUGGUUGAUGAGCUUGGUAUUCCUGUAAAGUUUGUAGGUGUUGGGGAAGGUGUAGAUGACCUCCAACCGUUCAAUGCUGAGGAAUUUGUUAAUGCUAUCUUCCCAUGAGGCAUGAUGCAGUGACAGUUUCUCCUAAUUCUAAGUACAUCACUAUCUUAUAUAUUAUGGCAUAUGAUGGUAGUGGUGUGGUCUUUCAAUCCGUAUUUAGUUUGAGUUUCUUUGGUGAUAGAAAAUGUCAAUCCCAAAAGUAAAAUCUAUAUUCUUGGCAUCUCAAACUGAUAGUUAGGUGAGGAACUAGUAUGGCUACAAGACAAAUGAGAACACUAAGCUAAUGGAACGUUGUUCAUUGUCCAACAGUAUCAAUAUGACCAAUAACAGUCUAUAAGAUUCUGGAAACAUUCAUUUAUUAUUUGUGCAGUUCAAAUUAGUAUAUCAACUAUGGGAGCCUAAAACCCUAGUAUGGUAAA